UUUACAUGCGACAAACCGUCAUGGCUCUGUUUCCAGCGUUUGGAGAAACGGCGAGUGAUAAAGUUGAAGAUUCGUCUAAAGAAUUAGACUGGCUGACCAAUAAGAGUUUUCAGACCAAGGAUGCCCUCUCUCUUCACAGUCGUUUUUUAGGGGAGAAGGAGUCAAGAGUAGGCAGAGAGGUGAGCUCUGCAGAGGAGGAGAAAGAAGAAGAGGACAAUGUGCCAAUCAAAAAGAAGAAAAGGAAGAGUGAAAAGAAGAAGAAAAAGAAGAAAAAACACAAAAAGAAGAGUGGGAGGUGUUCAGAUAGCAGUGGCUCUGACUCUGAAACCAUCUACCCCAGUGAUCUCAAAAGGGAACAAGAGGAAGAUAGAUCACAGGCUCCAUUAGCAAGUCGUUUCUCCUGGUUGGAUGAUCUCCAGUCGCCAACAGAGCAUCCAUUCUGUGUGGACUGUAAACCAGACCCAGCCAACUGGACAUAUAAGUCCCUGUACAGAGGAGAUGUAGCAAGGUAUAAGAGGAAAGGCAGCUCAUCGUUGGGUCUGGACUCUCGCAGACAGGGAGUCAGCUGGGAGGAGUCAGAGUCAAAUAAGAAACAGAAAGGUGGGGACAAGAAGAAAGCAGCAGACAGAUACUUCUCUACACUUAGUCGCCAGCUGCUGAGGUCAGAGUCCGCUGUUCCUACAUUACUAAGGAGUCCUGAUUGUAGUGAUGUCAUCAGCUCCACCUCCUUCCUCCCUCUGGGGGAUGAUGAGGGGGAGAACAAAGGAGGAGAGACAGGUAACAGAGAGCAGACAUCAUCAGUAAAUCCGCUCGGUGUGUAUGACUCCUCCACGGCCCUCUGGGUGCAGGGGAAGGGACAGCCGGGCCAGACAGAGCAGCAGAAGCAGGACAUACAGACAGGACAGAGCGCCAUGCUUAUGACCAGGAGGACUGAGGAGUUUAACAGGCAGCUCAGAGAACAGCCAGCAGACACACAGCUGUGGAUAAAAUUCAUACGAUACCAGGAUGAGCUGAGUUCAACAGAGUUUGGAGGUGAAGAGGAGCAACAGGGCAGCGAUUCAGCUGAGCGUCGUAAAUCUACCUACCGAGCAGUCUUGGAGAAAAAGCUGAGUAUCGCGGAGCGUGCUGUGGACACCAACCCCAGCUGCAUAGCUCUGCAGCUGGAGAGGCUCAGGAUCUGCCAAGAACUCUGGGAACCGUCAGUUCUGGCUAAAGAAUGGAAGAAACUGGUGUUCCUCCACCCAAACAGUGCUCCCUUGUUGAGGGAGUACCUGCUCUUCAUGCAGAGCUACUUUAGCAACUUCACUGUGUCAAAGGUCAACUCUGCCUAUGGGAAGUGUCUAAGCACACUCAGCUCUGUGCGGGACGGAAGCAUGGUCUCUCAUCCGGCCCUGCCAGGGAUUGAGGAGGACAUGCUAGAUAUCUUCACCCAACAGUGUCAUUUUCUGCGUCAGUCUGGUCACUCAGAGAAGGCGAUUUCUCUGUUUCAGGCCAUGAUUGAUUUUACUUUCUACAAACCUGACAGUGUCCGACAUCUGUCCACCAAGCAGCAGGUGGAAUUCUUUGAGCCGUUUUGGGACAGUGGGGAGGCACGUGUUGGGGAGUUGGGGGCCAGAGGUUGGAAAGCCUGGAUGCUCCAACAAGAGCGUGGGGGAUGGCUACAACCCAAUGCAGAUGACGAAGAGGAGGAGGAAGAGGACGAGGAGGAGGUGAAGGAUCGGAGUCAGCCCAGAGGGACAAUCUGGCUGGAUGUGGAGUCAUCUCGUGAAACAGCUCACUGGUUGCCCUGGAGGCCUGACAAGGCAAAGGGCCAAUCAGAAGAGGACUGUGAGGAUCCAGACAGACAGGUGUUAUUUGAUGAAAUCGGACCAUCCCUAAUUUGCCUGUCCUCACCAGAGCUCCAGCUUCGUCUCCUUCUCCAUUUCCUGUCAUUCCUGGGGCUGCCUGUCGACUCUGUACUCUCUCCUGCCCCCUGUCAGCCCAGCCUGCUGCUGGAGAACCUUUCUUUUCUCACUCAGGGUAAUGAUCUCCGGCGUCCUCUGACCUCCCACGACCAACUGGACCCCUGGGUUACCUCUGUAGGUCAUAUGACCACUCUUCAAGGAACCAGGAAGCGGGUAGGGCUCGGAAAGCAGGGCGAGAAGUUUGUCACCAAUGUGUUCAAUAUGGUCUUGCCCAACCUCCUUCCCCACCAUCGAGCCGUUCUGUCACUCAGCUGGAUGCAGUACGAGAAACUCAAGGUCUUGCGCUGUUUGCGCAGUGGCAACAAAAAGCGUCUCCGUUCUCAAGGCAAGAGCAGCAAGCGGGUUGCCAAGCGGCUGCUCAAAGAACCCGACAACCGCUCGUCAUUGGUGCUGUGGCGGGAAUACGCCCACCUGGAGUGGAUGCUGGGCAACCUGGAUGAAGCUCGCAAAGUCUUCUCCACAGCCACAGCGAUAGGGGGAUCCAAAGGAUUGAGCAGCCCCACCCUCUGUGAGUUGUGCCACCUGUGGUCCCAGCUGGAGGUGGAGGAUGGAGCAGGGGCCCAAGGAGGGGGACUAACUGAUGUAACCACCUCCCCGGCUGUGUUGAUACUAACCAGAGUAGCAGAAGGAAGCACCACGUCGUCUUCUUCAUCCUCCCAGUCCUUCUCUCCAGUAUCUAUCCUGAAAGCCAGGAAGUCUUAUGAACAGGCUCUGACAGCCAGCUUGUCAGCACUGGACCAAGUCCCCAACAACCUUCAGACCAACAGAAAAGGUCAAGAUGACCUGCUGGGAGAGAAGCUGAGGCUGAGUGGUCUGGUAGGCUGCUACGCUCUGUUCCAGUACCUCACAGUGGGCAUCCAAGCAGCUAACGCUGUCUACAGCCAGGCCAGAGAAAGGAUGGAGGAGCUGCAUUGCACACUAACACUUGACAAGCAGUUUAACAGUAAUGCAGAAGCCAACCUCACCAGCAUUGAUGCUAGAAACUCUGCAGCUGAUUCCAGCAGGCACUAUGUUAAUAAGUUAUCUUCUGAGUGUCAAGUAUUAGCAGUGCAGCAGGCAGCCUUGCUGAGGUACCACAACAGCAUCAGUGUGUUUCCACUGGCAACACUGAGACAAAUGCUGACCUCUGCCCUUUCAUCCUGGCCCAGCAGCACCCCUCUCUGGAGCAUAUAUGUACAGCUGGAGAACCGUUACCAUAGUGCUGGCAGGGCGCGUCGGUUUUUCCACUCUGUAACCAGGGACAGCAGCAGUGUGGUGCCACGCCUCUUUGCCAUUGUUGCUGAACAACAAAGGAAGCAGCUGGUGGACGCUGCUCAGAGGUCUUGUUGCCAUGACAGCUCCUUGCCCAUCCUACCAGAGAAUGGCCUCAGCAACCGUAUCCGUGGACUGUUUGAACGCGCUAUAGCAACAGAGAUGGGUGCUCACUGUCCUUUACUUUGGAGAAUGUACAUGCACUUCCUGGUGUCAGAAGGGAAGGUGGAUAAAGCCACAGGGAUCUUUUACAAGGCCCUACAGAAUAUUCCCUGGGCCAAGGGUUUGUACAUGGAUGGGGUACAGCUGUUCCCUGAGCGUCUGCAGGAGUUUGCAGAUCUGAUGACGGAGAAAGAACUCAGACUCAGACUGCCUUUAGAGGAACUGGAUAUACUGCUGGAAGACUGAACACACACACACACACACACACACACACACACACACACACACACACACACACACACUUCAUUCAAGAGCUUGCGUUGAGUUUGCUUUACUGGCAACAUGCUAACCCGUAUAUUGGCACACUUGAUGGCAAGAAUAGCAGACACACAUGCAAACUCAGAUGCCUAUACGGAAAGCUGCUGUACUGAACCGUGAAGUUGUAGUGAUCUCAUCUGAAGAUGGACAAGGAGCCAUCCUUUGUACAUAAUGUCAGAAAAUGCUUUAUUUUCUCAGCAAAUAGAACUGUUUUAUUACCUGACAUUAUCAAUAAAUACGAUUCUCAGUUAUUUGGUGUGUGUGCUGUAGAUUUGUUUAUGCAUAUAAAUUUAAACUGCAUGUACACUGAGAUUUAGGGUUUGUUUCAACACAAAUUAAAUGAUGCAGCUUUGGUAUAUAACAGAGUGGUGAUCAUGAUCAAAUCCAACAAUCAAAUUUAAAGUGUGAGUGUUCAAAUGCAGUUUAUUUAAAAGCUAUAACUUUGGGCACACCUGGCUUUAAGAGUCUCCUGGUGAUAAUGAAUGAUCAAUCUCAACAAAUGAUCAAGUUUAUAAAGUUGUCUCUUUCCACUUGGUGCUAUUUGUAAGAUCUGUAAGAGCUGAAAUUUUUUUUUUGAAACGUUUUUUAAUCCUAUUGUUUCGAAGAAUUACUUCUCAAAGAGUCCUGCCUCAUUUUAUUGUCCUGUAUAUCCACGGUUUCCAUAUUUUUGCUUGUUUUUUUUACUCGUAUACACCCUCUGAGGCUCGGGGCUGUAUUUGAAAACACACCUGUGAAACACCUGCAAGUUUUUACCUGCCUCCUCCAUACAUCUUAUUACCCACAACACACAUACACACACACUGCACAGUAGUGAUGUGUUGGUCACGAAUGAAACGGCUCUUAGAGCCGGCUCUUUGAAGUGAACGACAGGAGCCGGCUCCUGAUUGGGAGCCGUUUUUUUUUUUUUCAUCUUCUCUUUUUUCCUCAAGCGUGAUUGAUCAAAAUGUGUUUGUGGCCUGUGUUUGCACUGAGUAGAGGGGGGAGGGGCAGUAGUUACACUCGCAGCAGCAGUAGCACAUGAACAGGAGAGCAGGAGGGGCAGAAAGAUAGAGAGCCAGGGGCUACAAGAAAAGAACAUUGAUGCAUUAGAAAGGUAUAGUUAAGAAAAUGAGUGAAACCAGGAAAAGAAGCAAAAUCUGGAACCAUUUCAAUUAUAUUGAUAAUACAAAGGCAGAGUGUAGAGUCGAAUUUCCAUGUAGAAUUUCCACAAACAAACUGCACAGGCACCUGUGAAUUGUUUAAAAUUUGUUUAAAAGAAAAAAGCUGAAAGUUUAAUAAUUUU